CGAUGCUAUGAGAUAGGCGAAUUUUCUCAAACAAAUAAGCAUUCAAUCGGAUUCUAAUUUUGGGUACUGAUAGAUUGAAUUCAAGUUUUGAGGUUUUACUCGCUGGAAUUUUGAUUGUUGCUGUUUUUAAUUUUGAUAGUUGAGAUUAAAAGCUUAAAAAUGGCAUCAAUGGUUCUUAAAGGUAGUAGCAGUAGUAGUCAUGUACCUCCGUUGAUGUCGACUCAAGAAAAAGGUAGCCGGAAUAAGCGAAAAUUCCAGGCUGAUCCACCAUUAGGUGAUCAGAGUAAGAUUAUAACCUCACCUCAAAAUGGUUGCCCAAGUUAUGAGUUUUGUGCUGAGAAGUUCGAAAUCACCCCAGUCCAUCAUCAAGCUAGUGUGUGCGACAUGUGUGGUGUUAGCCAAGACCAUUAUGACGGAUUAAAACUCGACCUGAGAUUGUCUAGCACAUUAGUUUCUUCUGAGGUUGGGCCGAGUCGGCCUAAAGAGGAACUUGAGGCAGAUGAAUUCCAAGAUGCUGAUUGGACUGAUCUCACAGAAUCUCAGCUAGAGGAACUUGUUUUAAACAAUUUGGACGCAAUAUUCAAGAGUGCAAUAAAGAAAAUAGUUGCUUUUGGCUACACGGAAGAAAUUGCUACGAAGGCAGUUUUGAGAUCAGGCCUUUGUUAUGGUAGUAAAGACACCGUCUCAAAUAUAGUGGACAAUACCUUAGCAUUUCUUAGAAGUGGCCAAGAUUAUCAUCCUUCAAGAGACCACUGUUUUGAGGAUCUGCAGCAGUUGGAGAAGUAUAUAUUAACAGAACUGGUUUGUGUUCUUCGAGAAGUUCGACCUUUCUUCAGCAUUGGGGAUGCUAUGUGGUGCUUAAUGAUUUGUGAUAUGAAUUUGUCGCAUGCUUGUGCUAUGGAUGGUGAUCCGUUGAAUGGUUUUGUUGGGGAUGGAGUUUCCAAUGGGUUUUCUAUUGCUUCGAAGCAGCCUCAGUUGAAACCCAAAGCCGAAACCUCUGAAUUGAAUCUUCCAAAUCCAUGUAGACUGGUUCCGUCCUUUCCUUGUUCUCAUAGUUCCCCACCUGAGGUACCGUCUAUCAGAUCUAACAACACUGAAAAAUUGAAGAAUUCCGUUGUUCCAAGUGGUGUAGUCUCAGAGAAAGUGGGAACAAACUCCUUUGCUGGUGGUGCAGAUGAAACUUUCAGUGCGGCAGGAACAUCUCAAUUUUCGACAAUGGAAGAAAAGUUAGUGGGUAGUAGAAAGACUCACUCUACCAAGAGAGAAAAUCUUCUCCGGCAGAAAUCACUUCAUCUGGAUAAAAACUACAAGACAUACGGAUCUAAAGGGUCAUCAAGAGGUAAACUGAGCAGUUUGGGAGGUUUAAUCUUGGACAAGAAAGUAAAAUCUGUCUCUGACCCUGCUGCUUUUAAUAUAAAAAGUUCUUUGAAAAUUAAGGCAAUGGGAGCCGAUGUCCCUCAAGAUAAUAGGAGUCAUCUUUUGGUUAAUUCGGAACCCUCCUCUUCCACAACAUUUUGCUUAGAUAAUGAUAACAAUAUUUCUCCAGUGCCUAAGUCCGAUGUAGCAACUAUUUCUUCCCCGGUAAACAUGCCACCUGAAUUUCCACCUAUGAAUAACCCAUCUGCAUUAUCAACUGCUGAUACCGAGCUUUCCCUUUCACUUCCUACCCAAAGCAAUUCACCUGUGAUGCCUUCUGUUUCUUGUUCCGAGGCUGCUAAUCCAAGCUAUGUUGAGAUGCCAUUUGGUAAUUACUUGGGGAAUUGGGUCCCUCGGGAUAAGAAGGAUGAGAUGAUUUUGAAGCUGGUACUGCGGGUGCAAGAACUACAAAAUCAGCUCCAGGAAUGGACUGAGUGGACUAACCAAAAGGUUAUGCAAGCUGCUCGUCGGUUAAGUAAGGACAAAGCUGAACUUAAAACAUUAAGGCAAGAGAAAGAAGAAGUUGAACGGCUUAAGAAAGAGAAGUUGAAUUUGGAGGAAAACACUAGGAAGAAGCUUGUCGAGAUGGAUGUUGCUUUGUCCAAGGCUAGCGGGCAGGUGGAACGUGCUAAUGCUACUGUCCGCAGGCUUGAGGUGGAAAAUGUGGCAAAAAGGCAGGAAAUGGAGGCUGCAAAAUUACGAGCAGCGGAGUCAGCAGCUAGCUGUCAAGAGGUAUCAAAGAGGGAGAAGAAAACUCUGAUGAAAGUCCAGUCUUGGGGAAGGCAAAAAACCUUGUUCCAGGAAGAGCUCAUGACCGAAAAAUGCAAGGUCACCCAACAUCUACAGGAAUUACAAAUGGCUAAGGUUAUCCAAGAACAACUUGAGGUUAAAUGGCAACAGGAACUGAAGGCAAAGGAAGAAGUGCUUACUUGGGCUAGUUUGAUAAGAAAGGAACGAGAACAAAUCGAGGCUUCAGCAAAACUAAAAGAGGACAUGAUUAAGUCGAAAGCGGAAACCAGUUUGCAAAAAUAUAAAGAGGAUAUUCAGAAACUUGAACAAGAAAUCUCUCAAUUGAGACUGAAGACGGACUCUUCAAAAAUUGCUGCACUUCGAAGGGGAAUUGAUGGAAGCUACGUUGGAAAAUUUAUGGAUAGAAAAUAUAGCACAAACCAGACGGAAUCUCGAACCCCUUUAAUCUCAAAAAUGGUGAUGGAUUUUAAGGACAUCUCCGGGAAAGGAGACGUGAAACGCGAACGUGAGUGCGUGAUGUGCUUGUCAGAGGAGAGGUCUGUGGUUUUCAUCCCCUGCGCGCAUCAGAUAGUUUGCACCACGUGCAACGAGCUCCAUGAGAAGCAAGGGAUGAAAGACUGCCCUUCUUGUCGGAGUCUGAUCCAGCGCCGUAUCCCCGUCCGGUACGCUCGUUCUUAAUUUUAAUAUUCAAAGCCAGUCGAGUGAUUGUUCUGAAUAAUGUUUGUGGGAACUCUUUGAAUUGAAUAAAUGCAAUUUGAGCUGCAUUUUUUGAGAGUUGAAAACAGUAAAAAAGUUGUAUUUACAGUGCAAGAUGCUUCAUUUCAUGUUCAUCCUUAUUUUAACGAAAUU